AUGGCUGCUACGGCAAUGCGUGGAUCGCCCGAUAUGGCAAACGGCAGUUCCAACCCCCACAUUGCCAACGGAGCGCAAAGAGCUUCGGGAAGACGUAAUCGCAAAAACGCUUCUUCCGCAGAAAGCUACGAACACGAGGAAUGUGAUGACCCAAAGACACCCCACAGACGGGAUGCCCAUCCGUCAGGGCAGCUAGACAGGUCUUUUUCGGCCAGAGCCCGAAACCAGCCCGAGGGAAACCUGAACUAUACAACCGGCAAGCCAGUUCCUUCAUCGACAGAAGAGUUGUUAGAGGAAUCUACCACACCGCGAGGUCUUCCCACACAGCCCUAUUCUCCAAAACCCAGCGUAGACAUGCCUGAGAUUCAUGUCCAAUCACCAACUUCGCCCCCGACUCGGUCCAACACCACCCGCUCGGUCUCCGCCAGUGACUCGCGACGAAAUUGGGCACCAGAAAGGUCGCCUCUUCAAAAGUUGGAAGUAACUUUGACUGGAAUCAGCAAGGAAGAGAAGCGGGCACGAGUACAGCAGGCGGAAAUCAAAGCCCGGGAGCGAAUUGCGCGCAAGAAAGCCGAGCAAGAAAAAGCUGAAUUAAUGGCAGCAGCGGCUCGCGAAGCAUCAGCCCAGCACGUUCAGCCAGGAAGUCAACCACCCGCCGGUGAAGCCAGAAGGAACGAGGGAAGAGACAUUCCAAUUGGGGAUGGCAUAGGAAAUGGGCAUGCGGCUGCACCACCACAGCAGCGACAACCAGAAAGCACAGCUGUUCGUCACAGCAGGACAGUUUCAACAAAUCCUCAAUAUACAUCUACCCGCAGCCUCGAGGAUCCCCAAUAUACAAGUGCAGAAGCCGCUAUCCCGUCAUCAGCUAAGAUAGGCAAUGUGCCUAGACGAUCAGUCACAGUGAGCGGACCCGCGGCGAAACAAGCACGUCCCAGCAACAUCAGCCACAGUCGCUCGAUGUCUCAAGCAGGUCCUCGGCCUAUGCAGGCUCCUUCUGCCCUAAGGGCGGAGACGACAAAUGAACUUUUAACAGCACCCCAUGCCCCUCAGGAUAGCGCCGAGUCGCAGGUCAAGCCCAAGAAACAGUCCGUCUCAUUCAAUGUUCCACCACCUACACCCCCACCAAUCUUCGAGUGGAGGAAUGCACAGCCUGCUCGGCUUGCGGCCCCUGACUUCGAUUUCCAGAAUAUUGAUAUGGAUCGCAGCAAAGCGUGGUGGGAGGGUGGUGGCAACAAUGAUCGCAGAAAGAGCAGGGCUCUUCCUAAGAACUACAAGUCUCCUGCUCAGAAGUCGACAGGAGCGACCGACCACAAGAGCUUCCAACCCAACCUCUUCUUGCGAUGUGGGCCUUUGCUACGAUACACAGGCAUUAAGCGAGUUCAGGUUGAUGGAGCCAGUGGCCCCAUUUACAAAGAGAUAUGGCGAGGCUCUGUCAUGGUAGUGACUAAAGAUUCUCGCUCCUCCUACGAUGCUCCACCUACGCUAAGACUAUUCUCUCAGCCGAUGGAUCUUCUCCCUCCUCCGCCCGUGGUGAUCAGCCGUGAAGAUGGAAUGCAGUUGGCUCCUGAAUAUGUCGACCCAACAGCCGGGCUCAUGAAAGUUGGCCGUGAUGGACGACCCCUUUACGUGAAGCCAGUGGAACAUGUCGAGGAACAAGUCGACUUAUCAUUUGUCGAGAACGAGGAUGGCAUCUACGAGCUCUCACCUAGCAUGAUCGACUAUACUAGCGAAGGCAUCAAACAACCUAUGCCUUCCAACCGGAUGCAUGCCGUCGACGGCGAGACGGAGAGUCUGCACCGAGACAUCCCAGGAGCCCGUCUGUACGCGGAUGCCGCAAGAGAUGUAACAUUCUGGCGGUUUAACUUAGAGGUUGAGCUCAGUACAGCUCAACAGCGAAUCGCCUAUCGGAUCAACCAGGGACCUGCCUUGGGCUUCUGGGUACCCCCCGCGGGAGAAGCGAUGAACAUAAUGUUCCACAGUGGUAACGGGUUCAGCCCCUCUGUGGACUCUGAUCGAGUCUGCGGGCCGGACCCGCUUUGGCGAGAUAUCCUGAAUGAGCAUCAGACUCGUCCGUUCCAUGUGAUGAUCGGUGGAGGCGACCAAAUCUUCAAUGACUCGGUUAUCACAGAGUCAACGUUCUUCCAAGAAUGGAUUAAAAUUAAAAAUGCUGCCGACAGAUAUGGGGCGUCAUUCUCACCCGAGUUCCGUGCUGAAUUGGAACAGUUCUACCUCGAGCACUAUGCUGCGUGGUUCUCCCAAGGCCUCUUCUCGUUGGCGAACUCUCAGAUUCCCACGGUCAACAUUUGGAACGACCAUGAGAUCUUUGAAGGCUUUGGCUCUUACCACAACGAUUUCAUGCAGAGUUCUGUUAUCUCCGGAAUUGGAAAGAUUGCUUUCAAGUAUUACAUGCUGUUCCAGCACCACAGUGUCCCCGACGAAACCGAGGCAGAUGAACCCAGCUGGCUCCUCGGUGCUCAUCCCGGUCCAUAUAUUGAGCAGAAAAGCCGAAACCUGUUCAUGUCUCUUGGCCAAGGAGUGUCAUUCUUGGGUCUUGACUGCCGCACUGAGCGACGGAGCAAUGAGGUUCUCAGCGAAGAGACUUGUGAUUUGUUGUGGGACCGCUGCCACAGGGAGAUAAUGAAAGGAGAGACAAAGCAUUUGAUCGUUCUUUCAAGUGUCCCUGUUGCUUACCCUCGAGUGGCAAUGCUCCGUAAUUUCAUGAACAGUCGCAAGUCACUCGGCAAGGCCGGAGUACUCGGUGGACUUGUAAAUCGAUCUGGCGGAAAUGUGGAGGUCUUUGAUGACCAUUGGGCAGGCAAACAUCUCAAGUCCGAGCGCACAUGGUUGGUUGAGGAUCUUCAGGAUCUAGCCGCAGAGAAGUCAGUACGAAUUACAAUACUCAGUGGCGAUGUCCACCUCGCGGCAAUUGGGCAGUUCUAUUCGAAUCCCAAAUUGAAUAUACCCAAAGACCAGGAUUAUCGAUACAUGCCGAAUGUUAUCUCGUCUGCUAUUGCAGACAUUCCGGAGGCCGAUCUCAUUGCGGAUAUGCUCAACAAGCGGAAUACAGUCCACCACAUGGACUCGAACACAGACGAAGAUGUCGUUCCCAUCUUUUCCCAGGAUGUGAACGGCAAGGCCCGGAACAAUAAACGAUUACUACCUCGACGAAACUGGUGUUCCAUCCGUGAGUAUCAGCCCGGAUCCACUCCACCAGAUACACCUGAGUCAGAGAUUAUCGAGGCCCCGGAACCUAGGCCAAAUAAGCUGCAGCGAACAUUGUCACUGGGUCGUGGAGACAAGGGGUCUACCGGGAAGCCUGGUAUUCUCAGGCGUCUCUCCACCCGUGGGCCACCUCCUACGAGAACUAUGAGUUUCAAUCGAGGCGAUGAGGCUGCUUUCAAUCGACGUGCAAGUGUUGAUGGGCCCUCCCAGCCCCACGAGAACGGGGACAGCUAUUUCCCAAGAACUGGGGCUGAGGCGCCCCCACGGCCUGGUAAUUUCCACCGGCGACCAACAAAUCUUAGCCAAAAAGCGGCAAAGAAGGCCGCCAAGCAGGGCGAUGACGGCGCAGGCGCGUACAUCAACCUCGAAGGUGGGCUCGCCAUCACUUUGAACCUAGAAAUUAGCCCACAAGACCCAUCGGGUGUCACCACACCCUACAAAUUGCUCGUUCCAGCACUGCAUUACAACGGGACCGAGUAUGACCCGCCCCCAGCACAAAUUGUCAAGGGCUGGAGAAAGUUCCUGCCCCGCCGCAAAAAGAAUGAGGGGGAAUCAGAUGCACGGCCUGAAGCAGAAGAAGAUUACAGUGAUGACGACGAACAAGACGAUUACGAGGACUAUGACCUUAUCAAUAAUACCCGCGCUAACGCCGCCACUAGCCAACAACAUCAACCACAGUACGAGGGAUAUCCUGGGAGUGAAGAGGAGGAUGACUAUUCUGAGAGCGAGGUCCCUCAACGUCUACCACCGCAGAUGAUUGCCGACCACUCACCCAGUCCUGAAGAGUCUAACCGUCCACGAAAGAAGAAGUGGUUCGGCGUGAUUUAA